AUGUUGGCUUUGACGCGACCAGCGUCCACUCGACUUCCCCUGCGUUCAAUCAGGACUACACUCGUCACUGCUGAACCCCUCGCUUGGAUUGGCACCAUGUCCACCAGGAAGGGCAAGCCAUCUGGACAGAUGCCUACCAAGUUUAUCUCCACCGCAGCCUUUCUGGUCAUCGGAGACGAGGUGCUUAAUGGCAAGACGAAAGAUUGCAACUCGAACUAUUUUGCUAAAUUCUGUUUCGACGUUGCUAUCGAACUCAAACGGAUCGAAGUGGUUGCUGACGAUGAAGAAAGGAUCAUUGAAGCGGCACGUCGACUUACCGCUCAAUACGACUUGGUAGUUUCUUCUGUAUGGUCAAAGCUUUUUUCUGAAGCGGGAGAACUGGGUUACGAUCAACAAGUCAUCUGCCGGAUGCAAGAGAAUUCAAAGCUUCGCCAGGUAAACACGAAUGCUAUCACAGAUGAAAUGCUCUCAGCUAGAAACAGAAUGGCUUUACUCGCACAACAAAACGCACAAACCAUCUUCCCCACCACCACACUCUGGCUCCCCAUCGUCCACAUGGCAGGAAAACUAUACAUCCUUCCAGGAGUGCCGAAACUAUUCGAAACACUGUUCGCCAUGCGAGAUCACAUGCGCCUCGAUGCAAACCGCUGCAGACCUUACCGAGUAUUGAUGCACAGGCGACUACGAGAAAGUAACAUCUCUCCCUUGCUAGUAAAGCUAAGCGAGAAAUGCAGAGAAAUGCACAUCAAAGUCGGCAGCUACCGAAAAUGGAACGAGGGCGUACAAGUUUCUCUGAUCGGAAAGGAUUGGAGUGAAUUGGAGAAACUCAUUGCGGAAGUACAGGAGGCAGUGCAGGGAAAGUUAAUCGAAAGUGUUGAGGAACACGGUCAGGUCAAGAUAGCGAGUGGUGAAAAACGUUUAUUUCGUGAGAACUAA